AUGUAUAAAUUUACAAAAAAGACUCAUUUAGAUUUUGUUGAAUUUAUAAACUCGGAUGAAUUAAAAAAUAAAUUAGAUACUACUAAUUUCAGUUAUAGACAUGCUAAAGUUUUUGAUAAUCAAGAAUUAAGAUAUAAACUUUUGAUUAUUAUUUAAGCAAUAGAAAACGCAAAUGCUAUCUCAUAGUAUCAAAAAAUAAUGAAAAGCAUCCUGAGAAACGAUAUUAUUUUAAAUUUAAUUAAUUAAUAUUACCUUGACACUGAAAAAAUCUAUUAUGUAUUUGAAAUGGAAUAUUAUGAUUAAUCCUUAGGAAACUUUGAGAAAUAAUACCUGCUCAAUCAUAAAACUACUAAUUCUUUGAAAGAGGAAAUUUACAAUUACUUCUAAGAAAAUCUAAAUUUAGUGCGUGAUUUUGAUUACAUAAAUAAUGGAGAUUAUCUUGAAUUUUAUGUUAUGUUAAUAAAUUAAGAUAAAAUCCAAAUUAAACUUAAUUUGAUUAGUCCUUAUAUUAAAUAGUAAUAAAAUUAAUAUAUUAAUAAUAAUCAAAAUUAUUACCAAUAAGAUGACUAAAAAGUAGAUGAUAAUGAAAGUUAAAAUUAAUAUUAUGAUGAAAGUGAAAAUGAAAUUGAAAUUGAAGAGGAUGAUGAAGAUUUAAAUUAAGUUGAAGAAGAAGAAAAUUAAAAAUAAGUGAAUAAAAAUAUGAGUUUUGAGAAAAUAAUAGAUCUGCCACUAUAAAGCUAAAGUAGUAAUGAGUUUGCUAGAAAAUAAUAAAAAUAUUUAGACCAAAUUUAGGAUAUAAUUAAACUAGUUAAAAUGAAAAUACCCAAAAAAGAUCUUUCUAAUGCGAUUUAGAAUACUUUUUCAAACAUUUUGAAUUUUCAUUGCUUGGAAAUUUUUGAGAUCAUUUAAAAACACCCAAAGUACAAAACUUUUGAAGUUGUAGAAUCAAAUGAAAGUAUCUUUAUCUUGAAUGUUAAUAAAGGGAAAUAAACUAUUUUGUUAGAAGGUUACAAAGCUUGCUCUGUUGAGUAAGCACAAAGUUUAUCUAAUUAAUAUGAAUCUAUUGUUAAAAAUAAGAUUUCUUCAACAUUUUUAAAUAUUGAAUAAAUCUAAAUAAAUCCACAACAAAUCUACGUUUUAGUUGAAAAAACUUUUAUUGGAUAGCUUUAAAAAUAACAAAAAAAAUUUUUAUAUCGUAAUUUAAGCUUAAAUGAUUUAAAAAAGUUUAUAAAUUACAGUUAUUAGCUGUUAUUUAAAAACGGUAUUUAAAUUACAAAAAUAAACCCAGAAAAUAUACUCAUUGGUAAAUAAUAUGGCUAUGAUUCAGAUGAAGAUAAUGAAAUUGACUUUAAUGAGGAUCUAUAAAAUGCAUUCACUAUUGAUGGAUUAAGCAUUUAACAAUUUCCAACUUAAUAUACUGAAAUUAAUGAAUUUUAGCUUCAUUAGCAUUUUGUUAAAUAUCAUAAUAAUGAGCCUGUAAAAAAUUUUAAAAAUUCUAUCUAAAAUUUAAUUGAGAUUUUUUUCUAAAAGAUUUCUGAAAUUUAGUUAGAAACUAUUUCAGAUGUUUUCAAUAGACUUUAGUUAAUAAUUAAUAAUUUAAUUAUUAUCAGAUAAUAUGAAUUCUAUACAAAAAUUAAGAUUUCAGAAAAAAAUUUAAAUAAAAUUUAAAUAGCUCUUACUGAACACCUGAGUUGUUAUCCUAAAUCAUUUAAAAAGAUAUUAGAAUUAAGUAAAAUUAAUCCUUCUCUUUAAAUAAAUUCUCUUGUAAUUAAUUCAUACACUUUCCCUGAAUGUUUAAAAUAACUUUUUUUGUAAUUAAUGUGGGAAUAUGAAAAUAAAGGUGUAGAGGAGGAUAAAUUAUAGGAAUUAUUUUUGAAAUAACCAAGUUCGUUUAUUUAAAAAUUCUUAUAUGAUUUAAAAGUAUUCUAACUAGACAAAAAAUUUGGAUAAAUCAAAGUAAAUGUUUUUUAUGAAUAGAAUGAAAAUGAUUAAUUGAGUAAAAUAAUAAACCUAAAUGAAUUCAAUGAAAAUGAAAUUGAAGUGCUAAAAAAUUAAAAUUGUACAGUUUUAGAAUAUAACUUUGAAUUAGAAGGUUAUCUUGCUUUCUAAAAACUGAAUAUUUUGAUAUUUGAUGAAAAUAUAUACUACUUGAUUGGUGAUCAAUAAUAUAUUUUACUAAGAUACGAAAAUUACAAACAAAUAUAAUAACUAUUUGAAUUUUCAAUCACUUUAGCAUAUUUCAAAGAAAUUUUUGGAUAAAAUUACUUACACAAAUAUUUAGCAUAUUAAACAACUAAUUUGGAAGUAUGGCUUUCCUAUGAAUUCGUAAAUUUGCAACAAUUGACUUAUAUUUACGAAUAUACAUAUGAAUAAUUACUUGAUUUGCAAGGAUUUAAAUCAUUAAUAUAACUAAAUUUAAUUCUUAAAUAUUUGGAAUCUUUUGACAAAAAUGAUUUAUCUAAAAUAAUUAAGAGUUUUUCCAAAUCAAAUAUUAAUACUGUUAAACUAAUAAUUAGUAAAGAUGUUAAAAAACAAAUUCCAAAACUUUCAUAUUUUUAUAAACAAAAAUAAAUCGUCAAUGUUUAAAUAAAGAAGAUAAAUAUUACUGAUAAUGAAUAUUAUCCAUAUUUAAAUAAAAGAAAAUAUUAUCUUAAAGAUUUUUGA